AUGAGUGAAGGCGGAGAGAGGGGGGAGAGAGGGGGAGAAGAGGGGAUGAGGUACACCCAACACGACGGCUGUCAAAACACGGGCCGAGGGCCCGACUCCAGCCCCAAUUACGGCGGGAGGUGGUUUGGCGGUCUGGGCUGGGGGGGGGGACAGGUGGAACGGCCGCAUGCUAACGGGGAGUGGUGUGGAUCCAUGCGCAGUCCCCGCUCCAGCUCCUGCUCCAACCCUGCCGGGUUCCAGCUCGGCGGCUCCACGUCCCGGCCCCGGUUUCACGUGCCGGCCCCGGGUUUCACUUCCCGGCUACACGCCCCGACCCCGGCUCCACGCCCCGACCCCGGCUCCACGCCCCGACCCCGGCUCCACGCCCCGACCCCGGCUCCACGCCCCGACCCCGGCUCCACACCCCGGCCCCGGCUCCACGUCCCAGCUCCUGCCUUUCCUACGGUCCCUCUCCCUCCCUGGUUGUUUUUUGGACGUCUGGGAUCCGUCCCUUGA